AUGAAUACAGAGAUUCAUAAAUUUAAGAGUUUGCUUACAUUUAUCAUAGUUAAUGGACUUGCAUACUUUUUAAGAUAAAAAAAGGAUGAUUAAAAAGGCUCUAAUGAAACAUUUUUGACACAAGAGGAGUAACAAUACAAAUUAACUGAAGACAAUUAUUUUAGUUUCGGCCCUGCUGGUGAAAAAACUAGACUAAUAUCAACUUUCGCUUAUCGUCAUAAUGAGCUUCAAUACUCUGAAGAAAGUUAAUUAGAAAAUAAUAGUAAUUAGAAUAUUCACCUUUGA